UGAAUUGAAACAUAUGCAGGGUACAGCUAAAGUAUUAGAGAUAAUUGAAAAAAUUUAUAUUGCCCGAUGCCAACAGUGUAAUCAUCAUUCAUCAACAAUCAUUCACAAUAUUGUACUAAGACGAUUGCACGAAUAUGGCGGAACAAAACAACGUCUAUCUCAAUUGUUAGAUGAAGAACAACAGCGAGAACUAGAAUAUGAAUUGGAAGAAGAACGACAAUUAGCACAACCUCUAUCUUCCAAGCCCUGUUGUCCCAGACUAAAUACGGAAAUCAUACAAUUGUGUGACAUAAAUAGUCAAGUUAUGAACCUGGCAAGACUAUCUAAUGUGUUUCAUCCAUUACCACAUGCUUUUACUGGUAUCAAGUUUUUUAAGCAAUGUCAACCAAACAGUUGGCCAUCAAAUUUUUGGAUCUCGACCGAAUUUCAGCGUGUGACUGAAACAAAAUUAAUAUCAUUAGAUCCAUUUAUGCGUCCUCCACGAUGGAUUAUUGUCUAUCGAAACCAACAUAUUAUUUUUAUAACUGCUUUUGAAGCUAACUGGUUGAUGGUUUACUUGACAUCCAAAUCACCAGUAACCACACUACGCUUAUUAUUACCACGUGUUAAGCGUUUUCAAUCGAUAUUUGUCAACACUCCAACUCUCACAGUUCCUUCGCUAAUAGGGAUCUCUAAUAGAAUCAUCCCUUACUUUAUAGCAAAUGAGUGGUUAGUUCAAUUAUUUGUCUUCAAUGGUACACGGUAUUUUGAUAUAGUUGACGAGCAAACAGCUUAUUGUCAAUGCUUAAGUUUAUGUCCUCAGCCACGAACUUCUAUCGAAAAAGCAGCUUUUGGAAAUGGUUGGAUUGCAGUCGAUGAAUUUGUUAGUGAUUCAAAUCAUCGUCGUUGCUUAUCAAUUAAUCAAGCUCGAUUCACAUUAAAUCCAUUGACAUUUGUGAAACAAUUAAUUGAAAAUCGAAAUAAUUUCCAAGCCCCUUUGUCAUCAUAUGUUGGUAGUAUUAUUUGUAAUUCAUAUAAAACUUAUGGAACCAUAACUGAAUAG